AUGGACGGCGUGGAUCGACGGGUGGGCCGGUGCGCGGACGGCGGCUGUGAUGGGCCGCCGCAUCGCACGAAGCCGCCAGGUUGGGCCGAUGCAGGAGUCUGGUCAGAGCAGGGCGACAACGGCCGACGCAGGACGACGGGCAGGCCGAUGCCCGGACGGUGGCUGGACCUGACGGGCCACCUCGGCACGCGUGGCCGUCGGCUCCUGAACACCCGCUCCCAGCGCAACCGUGGGGACGGUGCCCAGCCACACACACCGAGCAACGCCCGCAACCGUCGUGACUCCAGGCUAAAUCCGGCAACCCAUCGCCGCCUUUUAAAGCGCGCGCCGCCGCGCCUCUCCUCCCGCUCGCCAGACUCCAGCGAAAAGGAAAAGCUCCUGCACGUACCCCACGUUCCUGCCGCCUCCACACCACCCGCCGCCUACAGCAUAACCAGCACGGUCAUGGCGCGCGUGUCGCUGAUGCUCGCCGCCGCGGUGCUCGCGUGCGCGCUGCUCGCUACCAGGCAUGCGGCCCCCGCCCCCGGCGGCUUCGCGUGCAACCCGCUCAAGGACAAGACGUGCAAGCUGGGGGAACCCAAGGCGCCGGAGGACACGGAGGAGGAGGGCGGGCUCGGCACGAAGCUGCCGUCCCUGACGUCGGUCUCCAUUCCUGGUGCCGGCAAGGUCGACCGCGACGGCGAUGGAGAUACCGACGAGGACGACGAGCUGCCGUCGUUCGACACCCACAUGACCAUCCUCGGCCACUGAGAGGAUCCAAGCCUGACUUCUAAGCGCAUGGUUGUAGUAUCUUCUUGCAUUUGCGUUGCUUGUGUAGUUGUGUUGCUGCCCAGAAGAAAGAAACAGAAAAAGGAAAGGUAUGAGAGAGUGAGCGUGUCACGAUGAUCCCCGCUAGCUGAUGACGAAAUUUGCCAGUUGCUCUUGUUUCUUGUUAAUAUCGUUCAAGUUCAGAUAUUAGUUCUAAAUUCUAGUUGAUUUGGCCUCGUUUUGGUCUUCC